AGCUUAUUGCAUCGAGACCAGACGCCUUCAUCUUCAGCGGGAUCAUUAAGUGCAAAAACGUUGUAAUUUCUCACACGGGUCUUCCAUCGAGUAUACAUGUAGUCCGCCUGCGUGUGCAUGAAAGGCUGAAUGGAAUUCCCUUAUAUUUACUGAGCAACGCAGAGAUAGCCCUGCAAGUGGAAGCGCUUUUCAAUUUUGAAAUAGUUGGAUGCAUCACUUUCGAACCUGGACCCACAGGAAAUCUACUGAAAACGAGUUAUUCAACUGAUGGGCGCAAACUUUCACACCUUUUACAAAUCCUGUGUGAAGGAGAUGAGGGAUUUGAAUCGGCUAUCCUCCCACAGACUGGAGGCAAAUGAACCAUUUUACGAAGCCGACGAAUUGCUAUAUCUGGAAAGGCACGCCCAAUUGAUCUAUGAUCUCAAUGAACCCUAUUUACGCUGUGAAUACAAUGGAUAUAUUCAAAUGGAACAAUGUAGGUGAUGAGCUGGCCUGAAUUUCAGCAAUCAGAUUAUUGUUGUAACUCGUCAUUUUAUGCUCAUCAAAAUUUGCUUUCAGUU